CAACAGCUCAAAGGCAAGCCCCUAGGGAAAUGGGGAGGGGACUGCUUUCUUCUGAUUCUUCAAAAGAGCAGAUGUUUCAAGCUGAGAACUGUUCCUCCAGGUGUGAAGAUGACACCAUUUUUAUUAGUGAUGAGGGUCUCCUUCCAGCUGAUGAGGACACCUUGUCAGAAAUACUGUCUCCUGUUGAUGAAGUGUUGUCCUAUGGAAGUGCUGACUUGCCGUCCUCUAGUAAGAAGGAUUUGUCAUUUCCAAAUGAAGAUCUCCCUCCUCCUCCUCCUCCUCCUCCUCCUCUUUUGGGUGUAGAUGCAAUGAAAAAUGAUGAUUCUAGCUUCAGUACGGAUGAUUUCCCAUCUCCACCAGAACAAAUGAUGUUCCCAGAGACUAGACAGUGUAUGGAUGAAGAUAUAUCACUGAAAAUGGAUGCAUUACCCUCAUUACCUGAUAACACUGUGCCUGAAGAAUUUCUUCCCCUCAAUCCAGAGUCAACUGAUGCUUUUUCAACUCAGGAUGGUAAUCUCUCAGAACAAUCUUUAUUUAAAGAAGAUAUUUCCAGCCCAAGGAAGAACUUCCUAGAACAAGAGCAAGGGGGAGGUAAGAUGUCUUUGCAGUGUGUGGAGCUUCUGCAUGUGCCAAAUCCUAUUUCUUCUGAUGAUGCCAGUGAAAAUACUGAGCUCAUGAAGAAGCUGUGCAAAACACACUCAACACUUCCCAAAGCUGAGGAGGACAGUGAUGACCCAUUAUCAUCAUUUGAAAUUGGAGACAGAGUGUUAGUAAAGAAGACACGAUCAGGGACGUUGAUGUUCAAAGGACAGACUUGCUUUGAUAGCGGCUAUUGGGCUGGUGUUGCACUGGACAAAGCGGAAGGGGACAAUGCGGGAACCUACCAAGGAGUGAAGUAUUUUGAGUGUGCUCAGAAUUGUGGCAUCUUUGUCASACCUGAUCAAAUCUCACACUUGCUAGAGGGGCAUGAAAGUGGUCCCAGUUACACAGAAGACGACGACUCCUUCUCUGGUGAUGAAUCUUUCCCAGGAGACUGCAAAUAUGCUGAAGAUGAAAAGAAGGGAGCAGGGUUUGCGGAGCAGAAAGCUGAAGACAUGAACAGUGUAGGAGGAUCAGAAGUGAAAGAAAAACAGUCUGGGUUACAGCUUGCCUUGCUGUCUGGAACAGGGCAAAAGCCUCCAAGUUAUGGUCAGUGCAAGAGUAAUGAAUUCCUUUGUCAAAGCAAUUUAAUGUGCUUGCAAUCAGAUAAAGAAAAAGUGGAGCUGGGACAAAUAAAACCAGGGAUCCUUGCAGAUGUCCUUCCAAUGGAAAAUAAGACCAACGGCAGAGAUGAGGGAAACACAAGCAGAAAUGUUUGUUGCUCAGUAGAAGAUCAGAAAAGAUAUAAACUUGCUGAUGAUAUCGCAAGUGAACUCAGUAAAAAACUUCUGUUUGACACUUUAAUUGCAUUUUCUGAAACAGCUCAACAUAAACAUAAAAGUGCCUUUGAAAAAGAAGUGAUGAAUUAUAGCAAAGGCCCACGACAAGAAGAUAAGCAGAAAGAAUCUCUCUUCAAAGAAAAUYCAGCUGAUAAUUUAUCUGAACCAUCAGCAAAGGUUUCUGAGGCUUUACUGUGUGAUUUUGAUAUGCUUAGCAUCCACGGUUGUCACACAGUAGCGGAAAGAAUUGUAACUAAAUUCGUGGACGAUGCCGUUAAAGAAUAUAAGAAGAUUAAAAGAAAACAUGGAGAAAAGGCAGACAGGAUAUUUCAUUCAUCUUCAGAUACUUCUCCAGCCCCUUCACCAUUCCUUAUAAAACUCCUUGAUGCUGGUGUUUUUGGAAGCUCUGGAGAUUUUGAUCAACCUAAUUCUGACCGAUGUACUCUGGAGAGACAAACACAAAAGCAAUACUUGUACAAAUUAGAUCAGUGGCACUCAGCUCCUUGGAAGAAAACCGUGGAGGUUCCUCUUGUGGUACCACAUCACACUUCAUAUGUGAAGAAAUUGUCUGCUCGGGCUGUAGAAGAAUUAUGGACUCCAGAAAACGUGCAUUCAAAUUGCAGGAAAAUCAGUGUGCCAAAGCAUUUUGAGUGUGAUGACUUCUCAGAGAACCAUGUGGAAACAGAAAGCAAGAGGAUGUAUAAUCAGAUUAUAUUUGAUUUGACCCAUGAGUUGCUCUGUGCAGAAUAUCACGCAGCUGUAAAUCCAAAUACAUUUCCAUGGCUGAAAGAAAAUUUGAGAUCUUCCUGUUCCAGGCGUCUAGGUGGAAGAACAGACGUCAAUGAGGUCAAGAUUCAAGAGCUCCACAAAGAAGAACCUCAGUGGACCUACUAUGAUGAUGAUGAAUUAACUGUGAAGAUGAGAGUAACUGAAGACAUAUUCGAUAGCUUGAUCCUUGACACAAUCAGAGUUCUUAAUAAGAUCUGUCUGAGACGAGGCUGUGAUUAGAAGGAUUGGCUAAAAGGGCCUAGUGGUGAAAUUUUAAUCUUUGUGGCUUUUAAGGCAAAAAAAUGCAAAAUUAAACAUUUUAAUUUUGAACUGUAUCCUCAGCACAUAUCCCCAAUACCAGCAUGCCCUCAGGCUAAGUUAUAUGUCCAUGUUUACAAUGAAAGGAAGCUUAUGCAGAUAGAAUGUAUUUCUCAGGUUUAGCCCCUUUUCUGCACCAGCAAYGUCCUUAGAACGGCCUGGCAGGAUCCAGAUCUAGAGUUUCUGUUCUAAACAGACACAUACUAAUAUGAUGCACUUUAAAUGGGACGCUUUCCUACUAGUAAUACCAGUUUUAUGAAUUUCCAAAUUCUAAAUAUGAAUGUUUCCAUAAAUAUACAUACAAGUUCUUUAACAUUCAGUUCAUGAGUCCUUGAAUUCUUAUGUUUAGAUGUCAUAAGGAUGUAAUUAUUUUUAUUGGAGGAAAGAAAGAAGAAAAUAAAAUAGAAUUCUUGUAUUAGAAAAUUGGUGAAAUUAAGAUUUUAGCAAGGUAACAUAAAAAUUCUUUGAUCAUYCUUGCUUUUCAUUGUGCCUCCCUGUGAUCCCACCUAUUUUGCAUUAAGAGAAGACCAAUGAGAAGUCUAUAUUUAAUAGUGUUCUAAUAAAAUGCAAAUAUUUAUCUUGCUGAUAUUCAUGAACUCUAUUACUGAAUACUUUAAGUAGAUUCUAUUUAUUCCAAUCCAGAUCAUUCAGGGCAUCUUUCAAAUGAAAUAAGAGCAGGGAACUAUAUAAAUUAAAUA